GCAUGUCGUUUUCAACCUGAUUUCCCUCUCUUAUCCUCCGUAGAAAGGAACCCACCUCCAUUGAAAAUAUCUCUGCAAGAACGCGAAGAAGAAUCGUGAAGAAUUCUCAGGAUCUCCGCCGGAUAGUUUCUGCGUUCCGACGAAUCAGAAUCUUGGAAAACCUUAAUUCUCAUGGAAGGAGCAUCCACUUGCUUCCAUAGCAAAUGCGUCUCGCUUCCAAUCCGUUCUUUCCCACUUUCUAGGGUUUCUUCACUAUCUCCGUGGAGGAACAGUAAUUUUGCGUCUCCGAAGAAAUUGGGUAGUCGGAGGAGCUUGUGCGUUGUUGCUUCGAGCUCGGAUACUUUAGUCGCCGGCGGUUCGCCUAAGGAAGAUGAGAGGCAAAAUCAAAUAGCGAUAAGGAAGGAAGAAGAUGAAUUCGGAGAUUUGAAGUUGUGGAUGCAUGAGAAUGGGUUGCCUCCUUGCAAAGUUGUGCUCAAGGAGAGACCGUCUCAUGAUCAGAAGCAUAAGCCUAUACAUUAUGUCGCCGCUAGCGAGAAUCUCCAGGAGGGUGAUGUCGCAUUUUCGGUUCCAAACUCAUUGGUGGUGACACUAGAGAGAGUUCUGGGUAACGAGACUAUCGCCGAACUGUUGACAACAAACAAAUUGUCAGAACUGGCUUGCUUGGCAUUGUACUUGAUGUAUGAGAAGAAACAAGGGAAGAAAUCGUUUUGGUAUCCGUAUAUAAGAGAACUUGAUCGUCAGAGGGGAAGAGGACAGCUAGCUGUGGAAUCUCCCUUACUGUGGUCAGCGGCCGAACUAGAAUACCUAACUGGUAGUCCAACCAAGGUUGAAGUUCUUGAGAGGGCUGAAGGGAUCAAAAGAGAAUACAAGGAGCUUGAUACUGUCUGGUUUAUGGCCGGAUCUCUGUUUCAGCAAUACCCAUAUGAUAUACCAACAGAGGCCUUCACAUUUGAGAUUUUCAAACAGGCAUUUGUUGCCAUUCAGUCCUGUGUGGUGCAUUUGCAGAAUGUCAGUUUAGCUCGAAGAUUUGCUUUAGUUCCUUUUGGUCCUCCACUAUUGGCUUACAGUUGCAACUGCAAGGCAAUGCUUACUGCUGUCGAUGGUGCUGUUGAACUCGUGGUAGAUAGACCAUAUAAAUAUGGGGAUCCCAUAGUUGCCUGGUGUGGGCCACAGCCUAAUGCUAGAUUGCUUCUGAACUAUGGUUUUGUGGAUGAAGAUAAUCCUUAUGACAGAAUAAUAGUUGAGGCAGCAUUGAGCACCGAGGAUCCUCAGUAUCAGGACAAGAGAAUGGUUGCUCAAAGGAAUGGAAAACUAUCCCAACAAGUUUUUCAGGUUCGUGUGGGAAAAGAAAGAGACGCUGUUCAAGACAUGCUUCCUUACAUGCGAUUAGGUUAUGUGUCGGAGCCCUCAGAGAUGCAUUCGGUUAUUUCUUCCCAGGGGCCAGUUUGCCCGGUAAGUCCUUGCAUGGAAAGAGCAGUGUUAGAGCAGCUUGCUGAUUACUUCAGGAAACGGCUUUCGGGCUACCCUACUUCUUUGAAUGAGGAUGAAACAUUGUUGGCAGACCCUACCCUGAACCCUAAGAAGCGAGUUGCUACCAGACUAGUCCGAUUGGAGAAGAAAAUGCUAACCGCAUGUCUUGAUGCCACACUGGAUUUGUUAAAUCAGUUGCCAGAUACAACCAUUGCUCCCUGCCCGGCACCAUAUGCUCCGUUGUUGAAAUAGAAGAAGGCUGCUGUCGUGGAUUGAGAAUCUUGAGGAGCGGUUGGUGGGGAGUGUCAUUUUGGCUCUAAUCUUGGUGAGACGAUGAUGAUGAUGAUGAUGACAUGACUAAGGAGGAGAUGUUCUAAUCUUGAGUGCAGGUGGAGAUUCAACAUUUUUUGCUUAUCAUUUGGGGUAAAUAUGAUGGUGUUUACAUUUCUAGAUUGUUGCAACAGGAGCAGAUAUAAUGAUUGACAAGCAAUGUCCGAGGCUCACUCCCCUUCCCUUCCCUUUCCCUAUGCAAAAAUCUGCUUCUUGCCUUUACCCAUUUCUUGUAAAAAAUUAAAAAAAUUAAAUAAGCAAGAGCUCUCUUUUUUUUAACGUCA